UCCCUUCUGAGAGUUCUACCGCCGUGCUUUCACUAACAUGCGCCAUAACCUCCUCUCCACCUCCUUCAUUCCAAUGGCCCCUUCGUCCUUCUCCUCCACCACUACCACCCACCACCACCACCACCACCACCUCAACAAAAAGCCAUCUUCAUCUUCUUCAAACCCUAACCCUAAUACAUGUACAAGCUGUUGCUCUCAUCAUUCCCCGUCUGCCACUCUCGACAUCCUAAUCCUCAUCCUAGUCCUUUUUUCCGGCGCAUUUUUAGUCUCCUCGUACUUCUCCUACAUUUUCCAUUCCCUCUCUCUUAUCCUCCCACCUAUUUCUCUCUCUAUCCUCAUAGACAUAUCGUCUCUUUAUCUAAUCGGUUUCUUCUUGUUCUUCGUGCUGUCAAUAAUUGGUUUGGAGAUCUGUUGCGGCAACAGAUCACGGAAGUGCGGAAAGAAAGGGUGUAAAGGGCUGAAGAAGGCGAUGGAGUUCGAUUUGCAGCUGCAGACGGAGGAGAUAUUAAGAUCAGGUGCCAAAGGAGUGAAGGAGAUGGAGGAGUUGCCUUGGAAAGGAGGGAGCGAGACAAAUCCUGAUUACGAGUGCUUGAGGACUGAGUUGAGGAAGAUGGCACCGAUGAAUGGGAGAGCAGUACUGCUGUUUCGGUCCAAAUGUGGUUGCCCUGUUGCAAAGCUUGAAGGGUGGGGACCCAAACGUGGAAGGAGAAACAAGAAGAGUUUGAGUCUGAAUCAUGGCUGAUGUUAUCCCAAGUCGCCAACAGACGGUCUCGUAUGUGUUUCUUGUUUGCCAAUUGUUUAUAUAAUUAUGGUUAACAGUUUAGUUCCAGAAAUCCGGAUGACUUGAUUGGUUGAAAUGUUUAACUUGGUACUAGAGAAAGAAAAAAAAGGACCCUUCAUUGUUGAACAUGUUUUGGUUGGUUGAUAAUACCAAAUCAAACAUGAAUAAAUAUGGAAAACAUUUGGUUAAUGCUUGCUUCUGUGGUGUGUCCCAUAAUUUCAUGGUUUUGUUAUUUUACGUGUUACUGGGAUUCAAAGUUUUUGUUGAUAA